AUGUACCAUGCCCUCCCCACCACCAUCGUCAAAUACAUCCACCCAGCACACACACCCAAGUACCAUGCUCUCCCCACCACCAUCAUCAAAUACAUCCACCCAGCACACACACCCAAGUACCAUGCUCUCCCCACCACCAUCAUCAAAUACAUCCACCCAGCACACCCGUCCAAGUACCAUGCUCUCCCCGCCACCAUCAUCAAAUACAUCCACCCAGCACACACACCCAAGUACCAUGCUCUCCCCACCACCAUCAUCAAAUACAUCCACCCAGCACACACAUCCAAGUACCAUGCCCUCCCCACCACCAUCAUCAAAUACAUCCACCCAGCACACACACCCAUGUACCAUGCUCUCCCCGCCACCAUCAUCAAAUACAUCCACCCAGCACACCCGUCCAAGUACCAUGCUCUCCCCGCCACCAUCAUCAAAUACAUCCACCCAGCACACCCGUCCAAGUACCAUGCCCUCCCCACCACCAUCAUCAAAUACAUCCACCCAGCACACACAUCCAAGUACCAUGCCCUCCCUACCCAAUCCCAUCUUACACCCACCGGCAUCAUGCUCUCCCCAUAA